AUGGGGCGAGCAGCAUGCUGUGACAAAGAUAAGGUGAAGAAAGGAGCGUGGUCAGCUGAGGAAGAUGAGAAGCUCAAGGCUUAUAUCCAACACUAUGGAACUGGAGGCAACUGGAUUGCUCUUCCCAACAAAAUAGGGCUGAAGAGAUGUGGGAAGAGUUGCAGGCUUCGAUGGCUCAAUUAUCUGAAACCAAAUAUCAAACAUGGCGGAUUCUCUCAAGAGGAAGACAAUAUCAUCUGCAACCUCUUCAUAAGCAUUGGCACCAGGUGGUCUAUAAUUGCAGCCCAGUUGCCAGGGAGAACAGACAACGACGUAAAGAACUACUGGAACACGAAGUUGAAGAAGAAACUGCUCGGAACUCCAAAACACUCCUCUAACGUCAACAAGUUACCGUCCAACUCCAACUCCACCAUGGAAAGGCUUCAGCUCCAAAUGCAGCUUCAAGGCCUUCAUAACUCCUACUCUGUCUACAACGCUGCGGCGCUCUGGCCAACGGUGUCCACUGGCGAGGAAGCUAAGGUGGUAACAGGACAACUGCCCACAUCGACAGGAGGGAAGAGUCUGAUGGGUUCGAGCUCGGGGGAGGAAGAUGGAGGAGCCAUAGAGAUUGAUAAUGUGAAGGAAAUGGAUGACUCCAAGGAGAGUUUGGUUUGGUGGUGUGAUGAUUUUGAUGCAAAAUCUGCAGCAGCUUUAGACCUCUGGAACACUAAUUCAACCGAGGGGAUUUUUCAGGAUUGCGAACUGCUUGGUUAUGGCCUUUAGGAAAUUUGGUCAUAUGCUUCUCAUUAUUGUCAUUCAAGUGUGGAGGGAAAGAGGAGAGAGGUGUUACCAAGUUUUGUAAAUUUGUGUGAAUAAUCAAUGUUAAUGGCUUAAUGCAUGUGCAUUUGUCACAAA